AUGAUGCACAGUUCUAAGGGCGGAGGAGGCGGCGGAGAGAAUGUGCUUUGGGGUUCGGUCCCGAAAUCCUCUUCCGAAGUAUCCGGUUCUGCCCAACGACUGCCCGACUGCCCGUUCCCCAUCGAGAGACGAUUUCCCUCUCGGCCAGUUCCAGGGCAGCUGCUGGAGGCGUCUCCUCGCCUCGUUCCCAGCAGCAGAAGCAGCAGGAAGAAGAUCGCGGCGCCCAGCCUGCCCUGGAGCUGCCGAAACGGGCUCCUGAUGCAUCUUGGGAAUGUCCGCCUCUUGCCCCUCUGGGCAGCUGCCCUCCUGCUGCUGGGCGGCUGCUCUGGCACCUCCUCACACUCUGUGAAGGUUCAUAUUGCAGUGUGGGAUUCUGCUGAAGAGCUACCCCAGUUCAUGGGUCUGGGGUACUUGGAUGACCAGCUCUUCGUUCGCCGUGAGCAGAAGAUGAGGCAGUUUGUGCCUCUAGUCCUGUGGAUGAAGAAGCUGGUCCAGGAUGAUCCUGAGUACUGGCGCUUGUACACCCAGCAUACAUCUGGUCUAGAGGAGAUGUUGAGCCAACAUGCGGCGAUGGUCCAAAAAUAUGGCAACCAGAGUGAGGGUUUUCUCACUUGGCAGGGAAUAUGUGGCUGUGAGCUGAGGGAGGACGGUCAGAAAGUGGGGAAUAUCCGCUAUGGCUACAAUGGGAGGAACUUCAUCAGCUUCGACAAGGACACCGUCUCCUGGACUGUAGCAGCCAAUGCCACCGCUCCAGGGCUCAAGAGGAAGUGGGACACUAUCUCAGCCCAUCCUCAGUAUUACAGGGAUUUCCUGGAGGAGGAAUGCAUUGAGUGGCUGCAGAAAUACAUAAAGUAUGCCAAGGAAUCUUUGCUGAGGAUAGAGCCCCCAGUGGUGAAGGUGCAGCGAAGGGUGAACAACCGUCGCCUGGAAACUCUUUUCUGCCGGGCCUAUGGCUUUUACCCCAGGGAGAUCCGUGUGACCUGGAAAAAGGACGGGGAGUUCUUGGAGCAGGAGCCCCUCCGUGGGGAUGUUGUCCCCAACUCAGAUGGGACCUACCACACCUGGAUCAACGUCAAUAUUGACUCCAAGGACAGGGCGCGCUACCAGUGCCAGGUGGAACAUGUUGGUUUUCCAGAGCCUCACCUCUUCGCCUGGAAGGAACCUGUCUUAUCGGGUGCCAUGCUGGGAGGCAUUUUGGCGGCUGUGAUUGGGGCUGCUGCUAUCCUGUUGGUGGCCGGGAUCAUCUUCUGCAUCAAGAAACAACAGGGAGGCUACAAAGCAGUGACCAUCCUCCAUCUUCAACACAGUGGAAUGGCAGCAGAUGCCAGCGGAACUCGGCAGAAUGGCUAAGGAGUCUCUUUCUGAAGAGACAUUGGAUGGACCCUGAAGCUGCAGAAGAGCUGCUGCCUGCAACCUUGACCCGACCCCAAACCCCAAGUUUGGGAGAGGUGGCUACAGAAGGCCAGUCUGCUCCUCCCAUCCAUAGAAGAAAUGUUUUCCUCUCUAGCAGGGGUUCUCACACUUGGGUCCCCAGAUGUUGUUGGACUUCCAACUCCCAUAAUCCCCAGCCACUACCGCUUUUGACUCUUGUGGCUAGGGAUUAUGGGCAUUGGUCCAACAACAUCUGGGGACCCGAGUGUGAGGACCCCUGCUCUACAGAGUGAACAGCAGCUUUCAGAGGUUUGUGGAGAGGGGAGGCGUGUCGGCUGGCAUGAAGGACAAGACCUUCUUGGUGCUGGCUCCACAUCUGUGGAAUGACCUGCCUGAGGAGAUCUGAUGGGCUCCCUCUCUUCCCACUUCUAGAAGGGCUAUGAACUUUUUUGGAAACACACUAACAAGUGGGAUGUAAUUUUUUUUCUCCUGUGGCUUGUAAUUCCCAUUUUAAUGCUGUUAUGUUUUAAUUUUGCUAAAAAGUCCAGAAUUUUUUUGGCUGUGUUUCAUAAUGAUUUCUAAUGUCUAUAUUUAUGCUUGUGUGCUGCUCUUAGUUUAUUUUACAUAGAAAAGCACUGUCAAAAAGAAGUAAAUGAAUGAAAUCCAAAAGGCA